UGGAUUCAGUAUUCAGCAUUUUUCUUUUAUCCAGUUUUAACUGGAUUUCUACCUAUUGUAAUUGCAUCAUCAUUUAGUAUCUUAGCUUAUCAUAAUGUUCGUCAUAUAGUCCGACGACAAUUACCGAUUGUUCGUCGUAAACUAGAUCAACAAAUGACAGCAAUGGUACUUAUGCGUGUAAUAGUCUUUGUUUGUUUGGCAUCACCUUAUAGUGGUUAUCGUAUUUAUGUAACUAACUUUCCUACAUCAAGAAGUAUGCCUAUGGCAUAUGCAGUUGGUCGAUUGACUCAAGCAAUUCUUCUUUCUAUCAACAUUAUAAAUUAUAUGAUCAGCUCUUAUCUUUUUCUAAUGUUUUCAUCGCGUUUUCGUCGUCAAGUGAAAUUUGUUUUAGUAAAAAAAUGUUGGCAACAAUGGAAAUAUUGUUGUUGCUGCAUAAAUAAUCGAAUUGAACCUGAGAACAACAUUGAAAUACAUAACAUACAAAUGGAAUCCGAAGAAAAUAUCUAA